AUGCCUUCAAAUGCUGAUUUCUCAUUCUUUUCAGAUGGAUGGGGAACUUAAUUCAGUGGUUAAUAUAUCAAGAAAGAAUUGAGUCCUAGCUUUAUAGGGGCUGAUUCUUUCUUUGUGUCAAUAUUUUUUUACUCAUGUGAAAAAUCCGACUUUUAUGUUUACUGCCAUCAGUAAGACUCGUCAAUUGUUUACCCUUGGAAACCAAUAAUUUGUUUAAGUUUCGAUUCUAAUGCUCAUCCUGUGAUUACAACUAAUCUAUGGAAUGAUUAAUCUAAUGAUUACUAUAAAUAUACUUAGAGCUUUGAAAGUUUAACAAUAACUACAGGAUGGAAAUGGAUUGGCAUUAAUGUAUUGAAUAACUUUGACGGAACGACCUCUUUUACUAUUUAUGAAUCCAAAAACUCCUAUGCAGCAGGGACUUAUCAAUCUUAGACUAAAAUAUUAUAAGGUGUUUAUAAUGAUGUUUUUACACCAACUACGACCGAGCUAAUUUUUGGGUGCUAGAUGCCUUACGAAACUUAUGGAUACUAUGACUAUUGUAUGAAAGGAUUUAUUUAUCUUUUUCAGGUGUAUUCUUUUGAUCAUUUUGCUGCUCCACCAGUAAUAGCUGAUCUCAUAGAUUGUACUAAGGCUUCUGUGGCAACUUGUAAUCUAUGUGAUAUUGGGUAUAACAAUGAUUGCUUGGAUAAAUUACCACCCUAAACAAUUGAAGUGUGGAAUUUAGUCAAUAAUGCAGGUUUUUCUAGUGAUAAAUUAGUAGCAACAGUUAAAGCGGGAACAAAUGACUUGCUUAAAUAUAAUGACAGAGAAAACUACCCAAUCAUGCUUUCAGGAAUUGGUGUAGUAUUUGGCUAUGGAUAUUAAACAUUCUAAAGAAAAAACUUCUUGGCAGAUGGGUAUUUUGCAUUUGGUCCAAUGUUCACAAUUGAUAUCUGGAUAAAAAUGGGCAAUGCAAGUGAUAUUCCCAAUGGAUUGGUAAUGCCUAUUUUUGGAAAAUAUUCUACGAGAACUUCAAAUAUAGAUGAGUUUAAUAGAAGAUACAAAGUUGGAAUUGCUGUUAGUAACUCUUUUUUAAGAACUUAUGUUAACUAAAAGGCCUUAGACACUAAUUUUCUUUUUGUCGAGGAAUAUAAUUGGAUAAAUAUUGCUGUAUCUUAUCAAAGAUCAAAUGUUAAGUAAACUCAACUCUUAGUUUUCAUAAAUGGAAAAUAAGUUGCAAAUAAAUUUGUAGAAGAUGCCAUAAAGUAUGAGUUCAACGGGUACAUAACUAUUGGAGAUUAGUUUAAUGGAGCGAUAAAAAGAAUAUCUUUGUCAAAUCAUGCAUACUGUUAGAGUACUUUAUCUGAGACUAUAAGUUUAUCAUCACUUACAUGUUUAACUUGUGACUUUUGUGAUUCUACUGAUGGAUGCUAUACUGAUUGUCCAAUGCUAAAGGGAUAUUAUAUAGAUGGCACAAAUGCUUGUAAAAAAUGUAAUGAACUUUGCUGGACUUGUGAAGAUUCAAGCAGUGAUAAAUGUUCAAGCUGUUCUGACAAAGGUUAUAAAGAAUUUGGAACUAAAUGCGUAGCUCAAUGUCCAGAUGGAUACCAGCCCAACGAGUAUUUUCGCUCUUGUGAACCAAAUAAUCCAAACUUUAACAGUGAUCAAUUAAGUACUUUAAAUAAAGGUAUUUACCAAGUAAAGUAAAAUGCUAUUCGUGAGCAGGAUAUUUAUGGGUGUGACAUUGGGGAAUACUAUAAUGAUACUCUGAAGUAAUGCACAUCCUGCAAUAUGGAAAACUGUGAUAGAUGUGAUAUGAAUGUGAAGAAUAAAUGUCUUAUUUGUGCAGGGUACUCUUACUUAAAUUCUUUUGAUCAAUGUUAAAAAUGUUCAUCAAGCUACAUGAAAUCAAAUAAUAUGGGGAAAUGUUUAGAUACUUGUGGUGAUGGUAGGAGUUAUAGCAAUAGCUUGUGUGAUGAUGGAAAUAUAAAGAAUGAUGAUGGUUGCAAUGAAAAAUGUUUGAUUGAAAAAGAUUAUAGAUGCUUUGGAGGAUUUGAAGGAAACAAAGAUAGAUGUGAUUAUAUCUUAACAGAAUUUCUUUCGGCUUCUUAAUAAGUACUAAAAAGCAUUAAGUUGGACACUUAUUUAUCCGAAGGACAAUCAUCAGUUAAGUGA